UGUAUAGUAGGUAGUUAUCCAAUUGACAGUGCUCCCGUCUGACAUAGUUCAGUCGAUGGCGAACUUAGAGGAUGAUCUGACAUCCCUGACCGCGCUAAAAGACCACCUUGUUCCCCGUUAUUAAUAUUUUCCAUCUCGUUAAUCCGCCAAAUUAGGCCCCGGCUCUAACCGAAAGCCACGAUCGGAUAAACGAAACGUCGAUAAGAAUCACUUCGACCGUCCAAGCCGACUUUAACCCUGACCGUAAUUUAUUUAUAAAAUGUAAAAAAAAUAUAAAAAGGUAUACGCGCGCAGAAACUUCAUUUGCGGUCCCGUCGUAUAGUGCGAGGAAAAGUGUUCCGAGUUAAGUUUCAACGAGGCUAUCAACUGGAAGGAUGUAGUGCAAUAACGAAGGCUUCUUCUAUUUCCUUUUAAGCCGAAUAAACUUUUAGUGAGGAAGACAAAGCAGAGUGGAAACAGUGGGAGAACUUUGACCGGAGAUUUCCUGUAAACUAUCGCUAGGGGGAGUUUAAUUCUCAUGAAUCAUGUAAAUUGGAAGCACUUUACGCGGGGGAUUUUUCUGGUGACAUUCAGUGACGUCACGGUGUCUCGAUUGUCAAGGGAAAUGUCAGUGUCAAGAAUUCAGUAUGGCCACUGAUUUCUGCCCUAAUGGAACCCUAAAGGCAGCGUCCAGCAGGGCCGUAGGCGACAUGAGGCAGCGCAAGACAGCGGCGCUGGGCGCCGCGACGACCCUUGCGCCGGAGGAGGAGCAGCUCAAGUUUCAAGACAGCAGCAGGUUCCUCACGACUCUGGUUCUCGGGAGAAGUAGGAAAAUCUCGCCGGACGUGUUGCCGUCCUGUUCGCCAGGAGUCUUCCGCCAGAAGUCGUUCCGGGCGACGCCGAGCGACGUCAUCGCUACCGUCGCGGCGGCGCCGACGGGACAGCAGCCGAGGAGCGCCGCGGGUACCGGAAACGGCAACUCCGCGACCUCCCCGCCUGCGCAGACCCAAGGCGCAGGGGCGAGCGCGCGCAUCAAGAGCGCCGCCGGGGCAGCUUGGGGCGCCAGAGGCGCCGGUAAACACACGCGUCUCGGCACGGCACUGGCCAACAAAAUGGCGUCAGCGAGCUCCACCGCGGUCGUGCAGGGCUGGCCCAACACCAAGGACGACUACGAGCUCAAAGAGGUCAUCGGUGUUGGAGCAACGGCCGUGGUGCACGCCGCCUUCUGCAUUCCCCGUCAGGAAAAAUGUGCAAUCAAACGUAUCAACCUCGAGAAAUGGAACACAAGCAUGGACGAGUUAUUGAAAGAAAUCCAAGCAAUGUCGUCCUGCAAUCACGAAAACGUAGUAACUUACUAUACAUCAUUCGUUGUAAAAGAAGAAUUGUGGCUGGUCCUCAGACUACUGGAAGGUGGAUCCUUACUUGACAUAAUCAAACAUAAAACUAGAACCACGAAUUGCAAACACGGCGUUUUCGACGAGCCAACCAUUGCGACGGUACUUCGAGAGGUGCUCAAGGGUCUCGAAUAUUUCCAUAGUAAUGGACAAAUACACAGAGAUAUAAAGGCGGGCAACAUACUCCUAGGAGAGGAUGGAACUGUGCAAAUCGCGGACUUUGGCGUCAGCGCGUGGCUGGCGACCGGACGAGAUCUCAGUAGACAAAAAGUUAGGCAUACCUUCGUGGGCACUCCCUGCUGGAUGGCACCAGAGGUCAUGGAGCAGGUAAGAGAGGACCACGGGUAUGACUUCAAGGCUGAUAUUUGGUCGUUGGGCAUCACUGCCAUUGAAAUGGCAAGCGGGACCGCGCCUUAUCACAAGUAUCCCCCGAUGAAGGUGCUUAUGCUCACUUUGCAAAAUGAUCCGCCGACUUUGGACACUGCUGCUGACGACAAAGACCAGUACAAAGCCUAUGGCAAAACAUUCCGGAAGAUGAUAGUCGACUGCUUGCAAAAGGACCCCACGAAAAGGCCGACAGCCACUGAAUUAUUAAAACAUCCCUUCUUCAAAAAGGCCAAGGAUAAGAAGUAUUUACAGCAGACACUGGUGGCCAUCGGACCAAGUUUAGAAACGCGAGUACAAAAGGCAUCAAAAAGACAGCCUGGUACAUCGGGUCGGUUGCAUAGAACUGUAACUGGAGAAUGGGUUUGGUCUUCAGAAGAGGAGGAUAGUGGCGCUUCAAGUGGCGAGGAAAGUAAAGAGACGUUACCGGUUAAUACUAUCGAUAACGGCAGUAGUGAAGAAGAGGCGCCCGAACCCGAAGAUUCUUUCGGCCAAGUCAAAACUGCACGCAGCCAUGUCGUCAUUCAGGCAGCCGAACAGAACGACCCUAUUAACCUAGUCCUUAGACUCCGGAAUCAGAAGCGGGAGCUCAACGACAUCCGGUUCGAGUUCGCGGUUGGCAUCGAUUCCGCAGAAGGAAUCGCUGCAGAACUCGUUGGGGCAGGUCUCGUAGACGGAAAGGAUAUUGUCGUGAUAGCAGCGAAUCUGCAGAAGCUUAUCGAUAGCGGUGGCCAGCUCCGUACGGUGACGUUUUCUCUGAAUUCAGGGUACGCGGCGAACGAAGUUCCGGACGACAAGGCGCUAAUCGGAUUCGCCCAGAUCUCCAUAACCGAUUAAACAUGUCUGGAAGUACGCUAGAAAUCUCAGGAUUUACGUUCUCAAGUGAUACUUAGGAGAAGUGAGAGUUCUUGUUGGAAGCUGUAGGCCCGGUGUCCUUACGACAACGUCGAGUCGAAGUAUUACGAAGUACACUUAGGGUACCCUUCGGCAUACGACGGUCACGGCCACGUCCCGGGAGAGCUAGAAAUCGUACCGCGGACUGAACUCAGUACCUUCGUUUCCUUGACGCCCCCUAAGAGAUAUCGUCAGACCUCGAUAACAAGGCGUAAGUAUGCAGGACUCGUAAUCACUGGUAUUACCGUGGCCACAGCAGCCACAUCCUCGGAAAUCCUACGAUGCGCUUCCUUCGCAAACCUGGGUAUCCAUUUGAAGUAGUCCUGUACAAAUUUUACUCCGGUACAAUAUUCGGUACACACGUGCAUUCAAUUAGGAUCCCACUCGUCAAUUAAGACUUCUACGUUGAUGGAGUAUUGAGUUACAGAAAUUUUAUUGAAUAGGGGAGAAAUAACUUAUCUGAAUAUCUUUCCCUUAAUAUAUUCAGGGAAUUCGGCACGUAAUCGAUACUUUUUAGGCUUUUAGGAAUGACUAAUCGUACUGUAUCUGUCAUGCGCAGGUGUAUACUGACUACCAUAGGUGAGAAGUCACGAUAAACAUCUGUUUACAACAAAAUUUGGAUAUGAUUAUAUCGGAUAAGUACCCAGGUUUGUAUGUGAUGACGUUCGUCCUCAUCCGAAAAAGAAAAAAUCACAAACGAGUGCACGUCAAUUUCUGUACUGGUUUCAGGCUCUGCUCUCGCUUUGACAGCCGAUCAUCGGCUAGGAAAAAUUCAUGUAAUCGAUUCGCGACAUUUCUCCGUUACGUUACUACUUUCUGUAAAUAUUAGCAUUUUAUUAUGUCGUCCAUUUUGUUCUUGGUUCUUUCUUCUCCUCAAGCGUCGCUAGCGAAGAGCUAGAAAAGAAACGAGAUCUUAAUCAUAUCGAAAUUCGCGUUACCGAGAGAACUAAUGGUGAUUUUACAAUGGUGCUUAUGCAUCCAAUUUACUUAUCUCUGGAAUACCUAGUGCGUUUUAUGUGGCGGAAAAAAUCGGUUGGAGUAAGUUAGGGUAUCCUGUUAUCCGUAGAAUCGUAUAAGAGACGUCGAUGUUAUAGAAGUAUGAUACUCACGUAUCACGAUUUAAUCCCAGUGAAAUGCGAAUUGAUACUUCAGACAAGACCUUGGUACCUAUUUGAGAUAAUUAUAACCAAAAUUCGCUAUAAAAGAACGUUUACCAUUGCUUUGCAAACAGUCAUCGAUAGAUAUCCGUGCAUGAUAAGGUAUUUCAAUAAUUAAUUACUAAAGAUCUUGAAUAUAUUCAAUUAAGCCCCGAGUUCUUUGAACGUACUUGAGAGAAGUGCUUGAGCUUGAUUGUUUUUUCUUUUUCUUUCUUCCCGUUUCUUUCAAACGAACUCGUGGAUCUCGGUACUCAAUUUGAAAAACUUUUAUCGGUUAACGUUCGGGAUUGAACGCAGGUAUACGUACUGAUUCCUAAAAUGAGAUUGCAAGCAUCGUGCAGAAUAGAAUUUCACGCAGAACCAUUCCAAAUAGAUGUCCAGGUCUGACGCUCGAGAUACCUCUUGGUCGUGUCUUUCGUCGAAUAGAACUCACUUUAUCAACUCUUUAGUACAAAGCAUAAAUUAUCGAGUAACCUUCGUGCUUCGUACGCAGACUUUAGGUAUUAGGUAAUUGUUCGGGAGUACUAAUGAAAGAAGGGGAGGAAGGAAAAAAGAAACGAUGUUGUUUUGUACUUAAUCGAAUAGGACGCGCGCGCGCGCAGCGAUAUAUUGUACCUACUCUCAUAUUUUCACGACUUCGCGCGGAGCGGCUAUCGUAGGAGAAUUUUUUAACUUUCCACUCGCCUGGCAUACUUUAAUGAGUAGAACGAACGAGUUUUAGGUCCUUUACUAGGAUUAAGAGAAAAAGAGAAGUCGAUAUAUGUCGAAGCGGAAUUUAAUUUAGCGCGGUUAAGGGGAUGUGAAAGUGGCAU